AUGUCCCAGGUGGAAGAUAACUCGCAACCUCCAGUGUCAUCCCAGGCAGAGGGAAACCCACUACCUUCAGUGUCGUCCCAGGUGGAGGGAAACCUGCGACCUCCUGCAUCAUCCCUGGCAGUGCCGACGUGUGAGAUUGUUUGCCAGAAGUGUAAAAUUGCUGAAUUAGAGGAGAAGUUGCAAGUUCUUGAGUCAGGAGCAGGUACGCUUCACCAUUCUCAAUCAAUGUCAUUGUUACAAGAACAUCUAGAUGCUUGGGCCCCUACCAUUUUUCUCCUCAUCCUCCUCGUCUCUGCCCUCGCAUCACACCCUUACCCCGACCUUACUCUCAUUAUCCUCGUCAUCCUCGCAUUCCCCUUCACCCUCUACCUGUCACUCCAGCAGAGCCAGUACAUCUGGCCGGACCCUUUCUCUGAUGAAGCAUACCCAUGCUCCGUUCCACCUCCUGACUAA